CCUCACAACUUACCUACCUCCAUACCACCUCCUCAACACACACACCUAAACCACACCCCCAAUUUCAAUCCCCACCAUUGAAAAUGGUCAAACCCCUAACCUUUAAAGGCGACAAGCCCAAGAAACGCAAACACACCUCCACCUCCACCUCUGAUGGCUCCCACCCAUCCAAAAAACAAUCCACAUCCACCAGCCUCACAACCCAACAAGAAGACCCCUCUGCCACCGAACACCACGACGAAAACACUCUCUCAGACCAAUCCUGGGUAUCCGCCGACACGAGCAGCGACAUCUCGGGCCCGAUUCUCCUCAUCCUGCGCACCACACCACCCACGUGCCUCGCGACCGACGCGCACGGCACCGUCUUCGCCUCUCCGCUGGAAAACAUGAUCGAGGGGGAUCCUCGGACCGCGGAACCGCAUGAUGUGCGACAGGUUUGGAUCGCGAGUAAGAUUGCGGGCAUUGAAGGGUGGAGUUUGAAGGGGUCGAAUGGACGGUACCUGACCAGCGACAAACACGGCAUCAUGUCCGCCAAUGCCUCUGCCAUCUCGCAGCACGAGAUAUAUACGAUUAAUGAGAGUGGGGUUGGGGGUGGAGGGUUCUUUGUUUUUGGGACGGGGACGGGGGCUUCCUCGUCUUCUGCUGCGCAGGGGCGUGAUGGUGUGGAUGAUAAGGAGAAGGAGAAGAAGAAGCAGACGUAUAUUGUUGCGCGGACUGUUACGUCGAAGACGACCGCUUCUGGGACGAAGGUGGAGGUUCGUGGCGAUGAGACUAAUCUCGAUGAUGGGGAGGAGGGUGACGGGGGGACGAAUAUUCGGGUGCGCAUGCAGGCGCGCUUCAAACCGCGCAUUCAAGCGAGUAAGGAGAUCAAGGCGCGGGAGAAGAUUGGGAGGAAGGAGCUGGAGGGCAUUGUGGGGAGACGGUUGGAUGAUGAUGAAGUGAAAAGGUUGAGGAAGGCGAGGAAGGAGGGUGAUUUUCAUGAGACCGUGUUGGAUGUUAGAGUCCGGGGGAAACAUGAUAAGUUUGCUUAAUUUUUUUUCUCUCUAUUUUUCUAUAGAU